UAGAGGCUAAAGAUGGAGGGCAACUUGCCAGAAUCCAAAGCGACAACAAGGGGCUUUCUCUGGAAGUUCUAUCAUGCUUAUGCUGCUGCUCUUUCUCCCAGGAUGGCAACAGGCAAGGGACGCAGCACCCGGAAGCUCCGAAACUGGGUGGUGGAGCAAGUGGAAAGUGGGAAGUUCCCUGGGGUGUGCUGGGAAGAUGCCCAGAAAACCAUGUUCCGGAUUCCCUGGAAGCAUGCAGGGAAGCAGGACUUCCGAGAGGACCAGGAUGCUGCCUUCUUCAAGGCCUGGGCGACAUUUAAAGGAAAGCACAAGGAGGGGGAUACAGAAGGCCCCGCUGUCUGGAAGACCCGUCUACGCUGUGCCCUCAACAAGAGCUCUGAGUUUGAAGAGGUUCCUCAACGGAGCCAGCUGGAUGGGGCCGAGCCCUACAAGGUGUAUCGGUUGCUGCCACAAGGAACCCUUCCUAUUCAUCCAGGAACCCAGAAAUCUCCUGUCAAGCGACAUCACAGUUCUGUGUCCCCUGACAAAGAGGACGAACAGAGUGUCAUGAAGAGGUGCACCCUCAGUCUGCCUCCAUCCGAUGAGCACCUCAUAAACGAGCUGGAGGCUGGUGGGAUAGCCAGUUGUCCUGACACUAGAAACAGCAGCAGCAGCAGCCCCUGCGAUUCUGAGUGCCAGAAAGGUACAAACCCAGCCAGUGACCUUCUGCAGGGGGCUCAGUGCUCCAUAGAUCUGCUCUUUCCCCCAGACUCAGAGCCUCAAGCAAAUCAAGAGGCCACCGAGACAGAGGCACUGGCUCCAUGGAACUCUAUUACGCCUAAAGACUACUCGCUGCUACUCACCUUCAUCUAUGAUGGCCACGUGGUGGGGGGUGCCCAGGUGAAGAGCCGAGACUGCCGCCUUGUGGCUGAACCCUAUAGCUCUCAAGGAAUAAUAGAGCAGGUGUUGUUCCCUAAGCCGGACCCUCUGGAACCCACCCAAAGCCUGCUGAACCAGCUCAAGCGUGGUGUCCUCGUGGCCAGCAAUCCCGAUGGCCUCUUAGUGCGGAGCCUGUGCCCCAUCCCCAUCUCCUGGAACUCACCACAAGCCCCACUGGGGCCAGGCCCACAUAUGCUGCCAAGCAAUGAAGAAGUGGUGCUAUUCAAAACCACCGAUUUCUGCAAAGACUGGAACAGGUAUCUUCAGGGCAUGGGUCCCCGACCUAAAUUCCAAGUGACCCUGGAUUUUUGGGAGAAAAGACCUGAUGCCGGCCAUUCCUCUCAGAGUCUCAUCACGGUGAAGAUGGAGCAGGCCUUUGCCCAACAUAUGCUGAGAAAUGCGGAGCUGGAGGAGCAACUGACAGCUAUUGUGUCUUAGGCGCACAACCUGAAGGAUCCCUCUUCCUCUUCGUCUCCCUUGUUUCUAUUCAGAGUUAUUUGUCCAUGCUCAUUUUUUGUUUGGGGGAUAUAUCCCAUGGUGC